AAUACCGAAAAACCCUCCUCUCUUUCCGAUAUCACAACAGCCGCAGGGUGGGAUAUCAUCGAAUGUGACCCUAAUUCAAUUGGUCCGCAAGAUAUUCGUCUUGUCUGUACAGAAAGAGACAGAGGUUGUAAUCAACUCUUCGAAGACGGUGAAGAAAAUACAAUCGUGCGCCUCCCAGACAAUUGCGCUGGUGGACCCUUUGCACGAGUCGUUAAAUCGUGGAUCCCCGAAGACCAAUCACUUCCCGCCCGACUCCUUAAACGACAACUGGACUCUCCAGUCCGUGCACUGACCCUCGACUUUGACUUUGCCCAAAUUCCUGAGUCAAAUGGAAAAGUCUGGAUCACAGCAUCUGCUACGAAUUCUCAAGCUCAACGAAACGCAUUGACACAAUCUGCGGCCAAACGAUCCCUCCAGCCCCUUCGUCACGCUAGCCGUGCCGGGCAGGCAAAUGCUGUUGUUCGAACAUUUGUGGGCGCAUCUAAGAGAGUCUCUCAUGAAACUAGGCGCCGUCGGGGUUUCUUUGAUUUCGUCGACUCUGCCGUCGGCACCGUUUCUGAUGCGGCAAAGGGUGCUAUCGACCGCGUUGGCGAUGUGGCAAAUCAAGUCGGAGAAACUGUUGGUAAUGUAGCAGAUCAGGCUGUCGAUACCAUCGGUGAUGUGGCCAAUCAAGUUGGAGACAAGCUGAAUGAUGUGGGCAAUGCCAUCGUCGACGGAGCGCAAGAUACCGCGAACGCUGUUCAGGAUGGUAUUUCCAAUGUUGGAGACUCGAUCGGAGAAAUCAUCGACGACGCAACUGGUGCUGUCGCUGCCUUCGUGCACGCCGUGGACGGCGCAAAUGACUUCAACGAGACUAUUAGCAAGAAUUUACGCGUCCUCGAUAUCCAUGAGACCUUCCCAGUUUUCAGUGCCUCCCUCAACUGCCCUGCCCAAGGAGCUAUUCCCGCCUUUGAUACAUCUAUAUCCGUGACAGCGGCCGUGAAGGCUCAAGUUGAUGCAGAAGUCGGAUUCAUCGUUGUUGGUAGCAUUGUUCCCCCUAGAGUCGAUGAUGUAGCCUUUACUGCGG